CAAGUCUACACAGAAUGUGCUGCUUCUUUUGUGUGAAUACUUCAACAACUCUGCACUACCAACCCCGAGCAAGUAGAGUGAAUGGCACUGACAACAAAGAGGUUCAAAGUAGUUAGUUAGUUUGAACUCUUUCACUCAGUCUUUGCCUUGGCUGCUACAGGCUGGCCGCUGCAGUGACUUCGGCAGGUACCGUAAAUCUGCGAUAAGUUCCGGCACAUAGUAAUAGUAACUGUUGGACAAAGGCUAGAAUUAUCAGAAUUAUUUCGUGUCUCGACCUGCAGCUAGCUGUAGUGAAAAGCCUCCAAGCAUUUAGCGCCGACAAAAUAGUAUCUUCUCAGACCUCGUAGUAGGACUUUCCUUUAUUCACUGACCCCUGUAACAUGGACGAGGGAGACGAGCAGGUCGCUGUGUUCGAGAGCCUGCUGGUCUGGCUGCGAACAUUUGGUGACUUACAUGGCUCCUGUGAAACAGCGCAGGAAUUGUCUGAUGGAGUGGCGCUCAGUCAGGCCUUGCAUCAAAUCGUCCCGGAUUGGUUUGAUGAUGAAUGGCUCGGGCGUAUCAAGGUGGAGUCCUCCAACAACCGACGCAUCCGGAUCAGUAACGUAAAGAAGGUGAUCAGUCGAAUCAAUGAGUACUAUGAUCAGGUCCUUCGUCAACAAAUCACAGACUUUGAGUGGCCGGAUGCUGGCAUGAUCGGGGAUGUUCCUAGUGUUUCCCAUCUCACCCGUCUUCUUCAGCUGAUUCUUGGUGUGGCUAUCUCAUGUGACCAGAAAGAAGUUCAUAUCCAGAAUAUCAUGCUGCUGGAGGAGUCCGUUCAGCAUUUUGUGAUGGGUGCGAUUCAAGAGCUUCUCCGUCGCCAAGCUCCUACGUCAGUUUCGUUGGAAGUUUACAAACAACUCGAGGAAGAAAAUAAAUCUAUUGCUGAGCAGCUGAGCGAGGUAAUGAAUGACAAAGAUGGUAUUGCGCAACGGUGCUAUGACUUAGAGCAAGAGCGCACCACACUGCAAGAAGAGCGCGAUGCACUGGCAGCUGACAACCAGCGACUACGUGACAUGGAGAAGAGUCGUGACGAGACCGACAGUGGACCUUCCGAGGCUCAUCAAGCGAAUUAUCGUCAACAGCAACUGACUGCCCAGAUUGAGCAAAUGACUCAGGAAAAGUUUGAAAUGGAAGCAGCUCGCGAUGAUUUUCGGCAGCAGAUUGAUGAUCUACAACGGACUAUAGCUGGGUUGCGCUCAGAGAAUAAAGAUCUCACAGAGCUAGCGGAGAGUGCGCAGAAGCUUGCGGACGAGCGCGACGAGUUUCAGCUAGCCGCCGAUAAGCUGAGGAAGUUUGAGAGGCAGAUCGAGUCGUACAAGCUGAAGCUAGAUGAGGCGAAUAGUCAGAAGAAAGCGGCGAAGGAUCAAUGUGACACAUUGUCUGACCGAGUAGCGGCACUGGAAGAGGAUAGCAGACUGGCAUCGGUGGCCAAGGUGCAGGCAGAAAGCUACCGGCAACGGUUGGAGAAGUUCGAGAAGGAGAUCGACGAUGAGCGAAAGAAGGCCGAUCGGGCGGAGUUUGAGGCGCGGAAGGCGACUGAGCAGAUUCGUGAUCAAGAAAAAGAAAUCAGGCGACUACAACAAGAGGUAGAGACGAUACAGGACCAAAGCGUUGAGAUGCACAUGUCUCACAACAAGAAAGGCUUUUCUCUCACUGAUGAAUUAUCCUCAGUAUCUGAUAUGCAACAAAAGGAUCGGGUGCACGAGUUGGAGAAGGAGGUCGAGGCACUGCGGCUCAGUCCUGCCAACGAUGACCUUGUGGCACAGCUGCAGGUGGCACAGUCCAGUGUGGAUGACAUUACAGCACAGAAGGAGAAGCUUCAGCAGGAUAAUCGGUCACAAAAUCAGCGCAUUAUGGAACUGGAAAGCAAACUGGAAUCAGCAGUGACUGCAGCAAGUCGUUCAUCCACCAGCAGUCCAUCUCAUCCAGCUGCAGUUAGUAAGACGGAAUCGGCGGCACCCGUGUCUACGGAGGCUAAGCGCGCUCUUGCUGAGCUCAGAUUGCAGAACAAACAGAUGAAAUCUGAGCUUGAGCAGCGCUCUGGCAAGUACAAGGAAGCUGCUUCUAAGGUAUCAAAUCUGCAGGAGGCUCUUGUCAAGAAAGACAAAGAUAUGAAGGCACAGGAGCAGAAAUACAAGCGCUAUAUCGACAAGGCGAAGAGUGUUAUUGAGAAUCUAACCGAGGCUAAAGAAAAGUCCGGCCAACACUCUUCUUCAGCAGAGGUGGGACAGCUGAACAGUCGCCUCCAGGAGAAAUCAAAGAGAAUCGAGAGUUUAGAAAAAGACCAGCUGCGCGUUCGCCAAGAGUUGGAACGUGAGCAGAGGAUCAUGGCCAGCUCCUGGUAUGAAAUGUGUAAGCAUGUGCAGCGCAAGGCAGCCGAGGAACGCCUGUCCUCAUCCACUGCUCCCACGUCGCUCAGUAGCAGUACACCGGGUGCGUCGUUCCUGGCACGCCAUCGGCAGGGUGUUCUGCGUACGUCACUAGCCAGCACGUCGAGUAUUACACCGCGAUCAUCAGCAAGUGAUCCUUGAUGCCUGGCUGUAGAACACUACAGGUCCUCUGCAUUGUAUCCCCCACACAUCAUCAACUAGCCCCUGCAAUAGCUGCUGCAGCAACAGCAGCAGCCAUCUCUGUCUCAUACUUUGCACUACUUGCAACCUUGAUAUCUUUUCAUAUGGUACCAGGUAAGCCCAGCAUUUGAAUGCCCAUUUGCGACCAUCAUGCCCCCCCCACCCCCUCAUCGAGAGUAUACUGUUACUUUCCACUCGACUAUUUUGGUUUCAUAAUCCCCAACUAUGUUUUUGAAUAUUCACGCUAUACCGCUGUCCCGACCGCUGCUUUGUUGACUUUAGCUGUACAAUUUGACAAAAACCAAAAUAAAUACAACUGCCGGCCAUUGGCAUCAUGAACAAUUCCAUGCAACUUUGAAAAUUAACCUAUUCUAUUUUUUUAACCCAUGGAUAAUUUUGUUUAACACGUCCAAAAUUCAGCUUGUCUGGUGUGUUGCUGUCAUAGUACUGAAGUAUGAAUAUUUAUUGCCGGUUUGUAUGACUUGUUUCAUAAAAUCGUUUCAUAUCGCCAAUCUGCAAAUCCCCAGGAUGUGAAUUGGUAGUGGAAGUGGUGCGUACACUUGUUCGCAGCAACAGUCCCGUUUUGCAUGUAAUGUAUUUUUUUGCUUGAUCCCGAUCAUUGCCCGUCUACUAA